AUGGAUGCGAUUCUAGAUGUGUACGAGGCAGUCUCCCAGUUUAAUUACAUUAAUCAAGCCGAUGCCAUCUCCACCAGCGAGGUAGUUGAACGAGUCCUUUCUUUGGCGAAGAAAAAUAACAUGUUGGAUCGCAAUAUAACUGAGCUGACACCUGUUAAUACUAUUGAUAGAGUUGACGUCUGCUGUCAGCUCUGUUCAUUGAUUUUUUGGAAGUUGCUUCAAAAUCCAAUACGUCUUGAAUCUGGCAUCCCCGUGGCCAAUGUGGAAGAUACCAAAUUACUCAUGCAAACUUUGACGAAAAUAGAGUCUCAGUACUGGAUCAAGAAGGCUCCAGAAGCAUUAACAUGGAUCGUGUUCACAGGGGCCGCCGCAUCCGCCGAUGAGAAGGAUCGAGGAAAAUUUAUUCAGAUUGGAGGACUUUUCCUGGCAGCAAUUGAUUCGGACAGCCUGGUGUUGAUAAGACAAGGUUGGAGGUACUUCAGUGUAUUGAAGAGGCUGGCUGGUCUUUCAUUCCAAGGUUGA